AGAAGCGUAUGGAGAACCAAAAAAAUACAGAGCUACAAUCUUAGUUUCAUGACACUUAUACAAUAAUAUAUGUUUCUGAUUAUCUAUUAAAAUGUUAUUCACUUUGAGUUUCGUUUCUAUUUAGUCGACAUUGUUACGAGACUUCAAAACUACCUUCACGCACUAGCGUAACUUAACCUAAUACCACAUCCACGAUAUGCACCUACUCCAUUUUAAAUACUCUACUCAAAUGUUAAACCAUUAAAUUCGUUUUAACCUAAAAUUUUGACAAUGAGAAAAAUAAGUACGUGCGAAAUAUUGAACGAAAUUGAUAAAAAGUACUUUAGACUUUAUGUCGAAUGGCUUGAUUUGUCACACUUUAAAGUAAUAUUGUUUGAACCAUCAAUGCCACCGCUAAUUGGUGAGAUGAAUAUCAAUGACAUAAAUUACUUUUGCGACGAAUUAUCUAAAUCGACCGACGAAUAUCUUCAGGAGGUAGAGAGUAUACUUUGUGGCAAGGACAAAGAUAUUCAAUUUUUUAUUCAAAACACAGCACUAGAAUGGAAGAAAAAAAUAUGGACUCGUGGAAAAAUUAAGUUGCGUUCCGAUUUAAAUGUUGACAUUAUUUCGAAACAUUUUCAACGAUCGUUAAAAUUUUAUCAAAGUGUACAAGAAAAAUUGACUCUGUCGGAAAAAGAAAAUGAAAAUUUAAUAGACAUAAAAAAUAAAUUAUGUUCGGAUAUAGAACAAAUGAUAAAAGUUAAAACUAAUAUAGAGCAAAAUCUUUAUAAAAGAUUCGUGUUGAUUUUGAAUUCAAAAAAAAAGAAAAUAAGAGAAUUAGAAAAUGCAAUAAAAACAAAACAAGGUGCAAAAGAUUCAAUUUUCGAUGUACGCACGGAUGAGAGCGCAGAAUCGGACACAGAAGAUAGUAAAAUAAAUAAGGACACGAUAUAUACCAAAGAUCAAAAAGAAAAGACUAUCAAUAAUAGGAAUGCAAAAGUUAAAAAAUCAAAUUCUCUUGGAAAUACAGAUUGCAUAGUCGAUGACGAAAUAAGUCAUAUAACGUCUACCUCUAAAAAUCUGACAACUAAAAAAAAUGAAAACACGAACGAACAGCAAACCUGUGUUUUUGGAACCAGAACCUCAAGAAAUUGGAGUUUUAUUGAAAAUGACUCGGAGGAAGAGUUAUUUUCGCAAGAGUAGAAAAUUAUACAUAAAUUUGAAAUGUUAGAAAACUUAUUACUUAUAUUUUGUAAGUAGACGAGUGAUUUAAUUUUUAUCUAUGGAAAUGAUCUAUUAGUUAAAGUAUGUUUACUUAAUGAAAUGUAUAUAAAAUGAAUUGUACCAUGAAAAUGACUAAUUUCUAAUUUUUAAGUAAAGUAAUUUACUUUAGGAAUUCACAAUUUUUAUUUUUGGUUCGACGAUAUAACAUAUAUUCAAAUAA